AUGGUUGGUUCUCUUGAAAAGAUGUUCACAAAAUCGACAUGGCAACAACUUACCCUUCGGCAGAACAACCGACAAGAUAAUUUCACGAAGGAAAGUGCUGUGUUUCGUGAUCCCUUGUGGUGUCCUGGUUUAGGCUUCGAUGAUGCUUUCCUUCGCGAGAUGGGAGCAACCCCGCGUCAUCCCAACCUUUCUGUUACACCUCUAGUACUCAGCAAAAAGUUCAGUGAACUCAAGACCUAUAUCAACGAUGUUCUUCGCAGACGCAAGUCAGUUGACAAUCACGAUGACAUGUAUGAGCUUUGCGUAGUUGAACAUGUUCCUUCCAUUCCUGAAGUAUACUCCUAUCUCAGAAUGGUAGAAUACUGUGAUCUUGAAGGAACCAACGACAUCAUAUUGGAUACAUUGCGAGAAGAAGCAUUGGUUGACUAUGGACCUUCGAACGACAUGGAUUUGACAAGAACGCCAUUGAACAACAUGCAAUCGAAGAAAUCGAAACCUCACAAUUCACUGUCAUCAUCGCAGAAUUCCCAAAUGCAUGUGGAUAACCUUGACAAGGAUGUACAAACCAUUCUAGAUGACUUCAAGCAGAUUGUGACGAAAUUGAAGAGUGGCGCUGACAAGCUGAAUGCUAUUCAAAUCGAUUGA